AUGGUUGAGUUCAAGGCUGGUAGAACUGAUUUCUUUUACGUUCCUGAUACUACCGGCCAAUUGCGCCCCAAUGUUGGAGAUUUGGUAAUUGUAGAGGCUGAUCGUGGCAAGGAUCUUGGUAAGAUUGCAUUGAAUACCUUGACAUUGGAAAAGGAUGGUAGCAAUGGUGGUGGUAAUGGUUCAAAUGAAUCUGGAGAUAAGAUGAGAGAACUUCAUGUGAAGCGUAUCUAUCGUCUGGCAGCACCUGAAGAAAUUGGGCUGUUAUUGGUCAAGGGACAAGAUGAACAGUGUGCAUUAGUGGUCUGUCAACAAAAGACCAAGCAGCGCAAAUUACCAAUGGACGUUGUAGAUGCAGAGUAUCAAUGGGAUCGUCGCAAGCUGACUUAUUACUUUGUGGCCGAUCGUCGCAUUGAUUUCAGAGAAUUGGUCCGAGAGCUGUUCAAGAUUUACAAGACUCGAAUCUGGAUGUGUGCUGUGACGCCUCCAAAUGAAGCAUCUUGAACAAACAGACAAACCGAAAAAAAAUAUAUACUUCUUCUUCUUCUUCUUCUCCUUAUUUUUACUAUUCUUAUUCUUUUAUUAUAUUAUAUUCUAUUUUAUUUUAUUUAUUUCAUUUUAUUUUUACUGCUUGCCUUGUAUUGUAUUUACAUUUCUAUAUCUUUUUCUCUCCUCCUCUAUUACUCUUCUUUGUCUUCUUCUCUUUCUGCACACUCACCUAUACUCCCACUCCCGCACACCGUCACUCCUCACAACCAAAUACACCAACACACACGCAUAUAUAUAUAUAUAUAUAUCUCUUUGAAUU